AUGAAAGAAUCCACACAGGUGAACGUCCUUAUUCAUGUUCAGAGUGUGGGAAAUGCUUCACGCAGAAAGGAGACCUUCGUAUACACCAGAGAAAGUGUGGGAAAUGUUUUACAGAUAAGAAGGUUCUUCUUGCACACCAGAAGUAUCACACAGGAGAGCGUCCUUUCUCGUGCUCGGAGUGUGGAAAGUCAUACAUUGUUAAAAGUGAACUUAUUAGACACCAGAGAACUCACACGGGUGAGGGAGCGUCCUUUCUCAUGUUCAGAGUGCGGGAAAUCUUUUUACUCAAAGGAAAACUUAUUAUAA